CGUGAAGGUAUAAAAAUAAGCAACGAAGCCGUAGAUGUACCACAACUUCGUCGUUUGGAAAGGCGAAGCCAUACCGAAUAAAACAAUUGUGCUGUCCAUGCUUCUGUAGACGUACUACUGUUCUCUGUGAGCAUGGCCGAAGGAAGAAGAAAGGGUCCCAUGGAACAUAAGAAAACUCCGAAAAAACCUGCUGGAGAGCAGGUACAUCGGGCUGCACAACGAACUCCUGUUGCUGAGCCUAUCUUUGUGGAAUAUCUGUCACCAGCCGUGCUAGAGACAGGCCUCAAGAAGAGCGACGAUGAUGAAGAUAGGAUUUGGAGUGGUGAAAUUCGUGUAAACUCGAAGAACUACCGUGAGGCCUUUGUUACAGAUCCAGAGGGUGGAGUUGACAUCUUGUUUCCUUCCUUGGAGGCAAGAAAUCGUGCACUGGAUGGCGAUGUGGUGGCCUUUAAAUACUACCCUAGUGCUGUAUUUCAAACCGUGGAAAAAAAGCUGAGUUCCAUGAAGAUUAGUGCGGAUGGCUCUAAAGUUCACACCGACACAACUGAGUUUCUUCAGAAGCGUGCUCAUGUUGUUGGGAUAAUUGAGCCGCGCCACACUCGCAGGGCGAUUGGUAUCAUUACACAGUAUGACAAGGCCACAAAGACCGCACGUCUAUCACCAAUUGACCACCGUAUACCACGCAUCUCCUUACCGUUAGAGCAAUGUCCGGAUGAUCUGACGAGAAGCUUCUCCAAGUAUAAAAGCAUGCUUUUCUCGGCACGUAUCCUGGACUGGCCUGCGGUGUCGGAUGUCGCAAACGGUGAAAUGAUCAAUCAACUUGGUGUGCGAGGUGACUUGGCUGUGGAAUCAGCAGCCAUUUUGGAAUUCCAGUGCAUAAAUGACCAAGAUUUUGCAGAGGAUGUGGUAGCAUGUCUGCCCGAUGACACGUACACCAUAGCUGAUGAGGAUCUGUCCAAGCGCCGCGAUCUUCGGCAAGAUCUUUGCUUCACGAUUGACCCAGACACAGCUCGAGACAUGGAUGAUGCCAUUCAUUGCAAGGCACUCGAAGAUGGAAAUGUGGAAGUGGGUGUUCACAUUGCUGAUGUUACACACUUUGUCAAGGCCGGGACACCGCUGGAUGCAGAGGCGGCAGUGCGUUGUACAAGUACAUAUUUGGUGGAGAGAAUGGUCCCCAUGUUGCCACACCAGCUGUCCAGUGACCUCUGCAGCCUGCGUGCGCACGAAGAUCGACUAGCAGUGUCAGUGGUCUGGAAGCUCUCGCCAAAAGCUACAAUCCUUGACGAAUGGAUGGGCCGUAGUGUUAUCCACUCCCGUGCAAAGCUUAGUUAUCGUGUGGCACAGGAGGUUCUGGAUGAUCCUGAAAAGGAGUGGACUGCAGAGUACUUGGGCACGGAUGAGAAGAAUGUUCGCCCAAUCUGCGAAGCGCUGUGUUUGGUUUCUGACGUUACGAAGCGCCUUCGAGAGCGACGAGCAGAGAAAGGCUUCCUCGCUAUCCGCAACAAUGACAGGCUGUCUUUUGCACUGGAUGACAAAUCUCCUAUCGGCUGCCAGCCACCAAGCAGUUAUGGUACGCAGCGUCUGAUUGAGGAACUCAUGCUGCUAGCUAACAUCUCUGUGGCAGGUGAGUUGCAUCGCAGGCGUCCCAACACUGCUGUACUGCGCAAGCACCCUGCUCCUUUUCCGCUGAAGCUGCAGGAAAUGGAGACAUUUGCCAGGCAAGUUGGACUGCAGUUUGAUUGCUCAUCUGUCCAGGCUCUACAGAAGAGCUUGAGUGAGAUUCCGGAUGGCGCUGGUGAGGCAGGUAUGCAUCGGCUAGUGAUAUGUCAGAAGCUCCUGCAAGCAUUCAAGCCUGCAAUGUAUUACACACUUGCAGCUGCGCCAACGGAAGGCUGGUCUCAGCCCCACUAUGCGCUGAAUGAAGUGUUGUACACACACUUCACGUCUCCGAUUCGCCGUUAUGCGGAUGUUCUUGUUCACCGUCAGUUACUUGCUUAUCUUGAUGGCAUACCUGAGGUGGAGAUGAGCGAAAAGGAUCAGCUUAUGGCAGUUGUAUCUCGAUGUAAUGAGAUGCGUAUGAGGGCGCGCAAUGCCGGUGAGGACAGCAACACACUCUACUUUGCUGCGUUUGUUCGCCAUGCGGGACCGCUGGUUGAGGAGGCAGUGAUCACCGACGUGCUUGAUCGUAGUGUGGAUUUGAUGCUACUAACAUAUCCCGGUGCCUUUCGCGUCCACUGCAAUAGUCUGCCUUUGAGUGAGUUUACCUUCUCUCCUGAUGGUCCAUCACUUACUGUACACUGGAAGGCUGCUGAUGGCGGCGGCAGAGAUGAGAGUCCAGCUGCGGCAGCGGCUGCCAGGUCUCAGCCCGGUGACGGUGUGAUGCAGCUGCGCCUGUUUAUGAAGGUGAAAGUUGUUGUCAGGUGCGAGGAGCGACAAGGCAACCCGCUGUGUGUAGCUGUGUACCUGCAGGCACCAGCGGGUUGCUCCACCGAGUAUGGCCGUCCACCUGAUGCACAUGCCCAUGCCGUCAUGCCAGGCAAGAAAGGCAAAGGACACAAGUAACACAUUGUUGCAGGCACAUAGAGCCAUCAGCUUGUUUCUCCGAUCCAUCUGUAACUGGUGGUCGAGGAUUGAAACGAUGUGGAUAUGCACUACAUUGCUGUUCUCAAAGACAAAGCAACAUCACUAGCUGCAUACCAUGCUGGCAACGUGAUCCUUUUGAAGCUCUCAUUUUCGAAUUUUUAGAAACAUUUCUGUGAAAUACCCACCGCAUGCAGUCACAUACUCCGUUCAAAUUCUACAAUACACACUUCAGAUGUAGUGUAUGAUUGUGUUUCAUAUCUGAGGCAUAAUCUGAAUGAUAGGGCAACGAUGACAGGAUGAAUACAGUCAACACCCCAAUAAGAACAUAUGUAGGCUAGAACUUAGAACCUUGCAAUAGUAUGAAAUAAUUUACAUGUACUGUAUCAUGCAAAUCACUUUUUUAAAUUCACAAAUCGAAGCUCUAUAUGACUUGUAGUUGAGCAUUUGCUCGUCUAUUUUAUGGUUUUACACGCUGUAUGUGCAAUGUUCUGUCUUGUAGCAAUGCGGCAGGUCAUUAUUAUUCUUGGGCUUGUCCCUACAUCUUCCUGCUCAGGACAAGUCUGCUCUGGCAGGGCCGACUCUUGUCAACUCAACGCAUCGCCUUCGUUUUGUUGCAUGACGGUGUUCUAGAGUGAAACUCAUAUGUUAGCAGUGGUAUUGAGUCUAUUGACUAUUGAGCAAUUGGCGCCUGCCUGUGCCUUGUA